UCCAAAAAACCUAAACGUGAUCGGAAUGACUGUGAAGGUUCUGUUGGGUCUGCUGCUCCUGAACAUUGCCACCGAGGUGGCAUUCGCCUGCACAGGAAAUCUCUGUCCGGAGGUAACGAAUACGAAUCAUUUGUGUAGCGGAACGCUGCGCUAUCAAUGCGUCUGUGACUUCACCUGCUCCGAGUGGGACCAGCCCUGCAAUUGGUGUCUCACUUGUCCAGAAGAGAUCAGUGAUAUCAAUACGUAUCGCAACCAAAAGAACAAGCUGCCUGUCUUUGGCCUACCCAAUAAAAGCUAUAAGCAGUGCCUGGACAUUAAUAUCCAAACACAUAAUUACAACAAAUGUCGUGACAUCAAUUAAAUGUUAAAGUAGUUUGUUUCUAAAUAAAAUUUAA